AUGGAGCCCCAAUCCAAUACUUUUGACAGUGAAAAUGAUGACAAUUACGUUAGUAGCAAGAAGAAUCAAAAGUAUCAAGAAUAUGCCCGAAGAAUGACACCGAGGGCGAAUCCGAAGAACGACGGGGAUUUUGUGAGUACUAGACGCACCAGCAAGGAUGCAAGACGUGCUAGUACGAUUAACAGCCGGCUGUCUCGAGCUGUUCAAAGCAGUACAGUGGAAUGGGAGAGAAGAGUGAGUAUUGGGGAUGGUGUUGUAUGGAUUUUGAAGCCUUAGCCCUAGCCCAGAGCUCAUAGUAUUUUAGUUAAACCAUUUCAUUUGUGAGUAAAGUGUCUAACUUUAAAAAAAAAUACAAAAUUAUGCCAUAUUAGCUUAUUACAACGGUUUUUACAAUAGCAUAAAAUACAAUUUUCAUCAAAAUUGUCAAACUUUUUACCAAUAUUGGGCGAAUUUUUCAUCUUUUUCUAUUUCUAAUUAUUUUGCGGUGUGCCAAAGUCCUAGCCUAGAGCUAAAGCUCAGAGUCCUAGCCCUAGCUCUAUUCCGAGCCAUAGUCACUUUAAUUUUAAAAUUCCAGAAGAUGGCAUACGAUCGGAAGCUCGAAAUCAAGCGAAACAAAGCCGAGAAGCAAGGAGAAGUCAUUCAAGACUUGUGGAUCACCAGCUUUGAGUACCAUGAUGGCGCCGAGGAGAAUCUCCACUUCAGAGAACACUUUCCGGAAAAGCUUGAGGGGGACAUUGAGGUCAAGAGAGGACACAAGGGUGGUGGGGACAAGAAGCGGUGGGUUUCAAAAACUUUGAGAAGGGCACAGAAUUAUUUGAACAAUCCAAUAAAUAUAAUUAAAUCCAUAAUAACUAAGCUUGGUAUUCUUUCAGUGUUUUUGUACCAAAACCUCGAGCCAAGAAGCUGAGCAACAGUUCCAGUGGAGAUGAGUAAGUUUAGUCUUUUUCUUACUACGUUUUCUCCUUAGUAUUUCAAUUUCUAAGUUUGCUUUAUAUUGUUUUAGGUUUUCUUUCUAUUUUUAGGCCUAUUUUCUUUGUUUUAGGCUUUUAUUCAGUUUUUGUUGGGUUUCGCCUUGAUAUUAAAAAAAUUGUGUUUUAAUGCCAUUUUAAAUUGAUUUUGGCCAUAGUUUUUUGAUAAAAUAGAAAAUGUAUGUUUUGUUACCUUUCUAAGACAAUGCUUUAUACAACAACAUCGAAAUUUUCAUUUUCAGAACCCUUAAUGUCCCCGAGUCCGAUACACUACAAGCACACCCAAGAAAGCACGGUCACAAGUCGGAACGAUCAUCCAAGAACCGUAGCUACAACUCGGAACAACAAGCCAAGAGACGCGGCCACAAGUCGGCCAAAACCCCGUUGGCCCAGAAGAUCCCGUCCAGUCUGACACAAAAAUACGACAGACUGACCCCAGUCCAGAAGAAGCAGCUGGAGGAGUGGCAGAAGGCGACCCAACAACAAAUCACGGACCUGAUGCGGAAGGCGGCCAAGGACUACAAGUUCACUCACUUUGACAAAAACCAUCCCGAACUGGAGAUCGACGUCAAGAUCAACAUGACGGUGAAUGUGAAGAAGAGGGAUCUGAACAAGAUUGUCAUUCCAGUGCCAAGUGAUAGGGAUGGAUAG